AUGAAGAUAGCAAAGCUGAGCGAGAACAAUGAAGACAGGCUCAGUGAUUUGCCUGAUUGCGUUCUAACUCACUUAAUGUCAUUUCUGCCAACCCAAGUUGCUGUUCAAACUUGCAUCUUGUCGAGGAGGUGGAAGGGACUCUGGAAACGACUGUUUUACUACCCAUGCUCUGAAAAUGGUUUUGAGAUAUGCUUUUUAUCUUAUGAUAUCCAGCAGUUAAAACUCACUUAUAGUUGUAAUCAUCUUGAUUUGCCACCUUCCUUAUUUCUGUGUCAGACUUUAACAUCCCUUGAUCUCACAGCUAACCGCAUACCUCACUUAUUUCCAAAAUCUCUAAAUCUGACAGCUUUAACAAGUUUGCGUCUUCAACACUUCACCUUUGGUGACAGUGAAUUGGUGGAGCCAUUUUCGUCAUGUAUUAAGUUGAAGACUUUGGUUAUUCACACUUGUGUUAUAAAGGAUACUCAAAUCCUAUGCAUUUCAAAUGCUACACUUGUCAAGUUGACCAUAGAUUCUUACCAAGCUUACAAAAUUGUGCUAUCAACUCCCAAUCUUUGUUCUUUCGCUUUCUCGGGUGUUCCCAUUCAGCAUAUUUCUUCAAGCAAUAUUUCUUCUAUUAAACAAGUAAAUAUUGCUGUUGAUCCAUGGGCUGUAUUGUGUCACUCGCGAUCAGGUUUUAUCCUAUUUAGCUGGCUGCAACUAUUUGCUAACGUGAGAUCAUUGACACUCUAUUCAAGUACUCUUCAGGUUCUCUCCUCCAUCCCAGAUUUAUUGAAUACUGAAGCCCCUUGCUUGGGUAACUUGAAGUCAUUGAUAGUGAAAGUGAAAAACAUUUUGCCUCCAUAUGAAAGGCCAGGAUUAGUUUUGAGAUACAAGAAACCAGAAUUGAAACCUGUACCUGUCAGAGUAGUGGAUUACUUGAUUCGAAACUCCCCUUUCGCAGAGAUCACUAUCAUAAAUUGUGAAGGUUCUCUCCUUAAGCCUGGAUUUAUUGAUUACUUAACCCCCUUGCUUGCUCGGGUAACUGGGAGUUAUUGA